CAGUUCAGUGAAUCUUCAACAAAGGGUAGAAGAACACUCCUGUGGAAGGAGGAGUGAUGUCUUGGCUGUCACCCGUGUCAUGGGCCAAAUGGACGUGGACGGCAGUGCGAGGGGCAGAGGGGGAAGAGGAUGAAGAGGGACAGGAGGCGAGCCAAGAGAGGGAGCAACGUGGAGAGAGAGGAGAGCAAGAAGAGGAGGAGGAGGAGGAGGAGAGAUCUCAAGGCUUCAGCUCAGAUUCGGACGGUCAUUUUGACACUCCUGAAGCAGUAACCCCUGUCCGUGCCCCUCCGGCCAUCCCAGGAGAGCUGGAGAACAACAACAUUGAUGCAGACAAAACAGAUGUGGAGCAGGACGAGCACCUGAUAGUGACUGCUCCUAUUCAGGAUCAGGAUAUUUCCCUCAGCCACAACAUGGGUCAGGAUGAGCCUGUAGUCCCCACGGGUGACCCACUGGAAAUAAACACCCAGACCCUUGAACCAGAACAAACAGGAAGCCUGUCGGAGGCCUUGGGCUCUGGGCCCAUUCCUGAUUCACUUCAUGAAGUGUCUAAAUGCACAGCUUCAUCCUCAGAGCUACCCCAAGCCCCAAUUCCUGUCCUAGUCACAGAUCCAAUUCUGGAUCUGGCUCCAGCUCCUAUUCCUGAUCCAAACCCAGAAACAGACUCGAUCCAGAGCUGUGAACCUGCAGCCAGCCCGGCUCCAGAGCUCCAUGAGGAGAAGCCUCUUGCUGAGUCAGAACCACAAUGCAAUGGGCUCCCCAAUCAGACAGAGUCUACUCACAAGACUAAAACCAGCAAGUCUAAACCUCCAUCCUUGGAGAUAAAGGCUCCAUGUGAUAGUGAGAUUACUCAAACAAAUGAGGAACAAGAACUUCCUGUUCCCAAGGCCACCUACAACUUUAACCCUGACCAGCUGGAUGACAGCUUUAACCCCUUCACCUGCGGUGGAUCCAAAAUCCAGAACUCUCCCCCACCAUGCCGCUCGAGCUUUCAGCCCAGACUUGAGCCACUCGGCAGUGAGGUCUGUGAGGACAGCUCAGCAGCACCAGCAGAGGAGUUAAAAUCAGAGGCAAAGCCUGUGAUGCUGGAGUUUGGUCUGGACGAGGGAACAGCCAGCAAGCCACCUCCGAGGAAAUUACGCGGCAAAAAGACAAUCAGCAAACUCACAGCUAAGAAGCAGAAGCCCAAAGGGUCAGAGACUUCCAGCAAACCAGCACCAGAACCCACAGUGCUAGAACCAGUUUCUCAACCAGCAUCAGAACCAGUUUCUCAACCAGUGUCAGAGCCAGUUUCUCAACCAGCAUCAGAACCAGUUUCUCAACCAGCGUCAGAGCCAGUUUCUCAACCAGCAUCAGAACCAGUUUCAGACCCUGCUCCAGAAACUGCUUUGUCAGUUUCAGAUUCUACUGCACCUCUGAACCUGGAAGAUAUUCCUAUUCCUAAGAAGGGAACCUAUAAUUUUGAUCCCAGUCAGUGGGAUGACCCGAACUUUGACCCGUUCGGCGGCAAUAGCAAGGUGAGCGCCUCUCCAGUGCUCCCUAAAGGCUCCUACAGCUUCGACCCAGACAAUUGUGACGAUUCUGUGGACCCUUUCAAACCCUCCAAAACCCUGAACACAGAGGACUUAUCCAGUAGCACUGCUCAGCCUGAGAAAAAAGUAAAAGACCAAGGCAAACAGAAAGCAGGGCACCCGCCAGCGGAGAAGAAAGUUAGGCAAAUUCCCAAGAAAAGCAAAGAGAGGACAAUCACGAACUCCUGUAAAGUUCAGAAAUACGAUGAGAGCCAGUCACUGGUGCUUGACGUGUGCAAUCAGGAGGAGGAUGAAGUGGUGGUUCAGACCCCGGAGAUCACUCAGCGAGUGCAUCAUGCCACAGAUGAGGAGAAGUUGGCUUCCACCGGUAUCACAGGCCCGACAGCAGAGACUGAAGAGGAGAGAGGAGAGCCUGAAUGCAAUAAAACACCUGGCAAAAAACAGCCAAUCAGCGACACAUCUUUUAUGGAUGGUCCUGAGACAAAGAUUGUAGAACACCUGGAGGAGAAUGACACAUGUGGUCUGAAAGAUGAUGUGAGUGAGACCUCCAUGAGUCAGACAGCAGGCAGUGAGGUCACAGUAUCCCUGGCUCAGGACAAUGUGCCUCUUAGUGAGAUGGACAAGGCUGCAGUGCUCACCCUGAUCAGAGAAGAGAUCAUAACUAAAGAGAUCGAGGUGAAUGAGUGGAAGAGAAAGUAUGAGGAGAGCAGGGUUGAGGUUUUAGAGAUGAGGAAAAUUGUUGCAGAAUAUGAGAAAACAGUUGCACAGAUGAUUGAGGAUGAACAGCAGCAGAAGACCUUGUCCUGCAGUAAGUCAGUGAGGCAGUUGACCUUAGAGAGGGAUCAGGCCCUGGCCGACCUCAACUCUGUGGAGCGCUCCUUCGCUGACCUCUUCAGGAGGUAUGAGAACAUGAAGGGAGUCCUAGAGGGCUUCAAGAAGAAUGAAGAAGUCCUGAAGAAGUGUGCGCAGGACUAUCUAAUUAGGAUCAAGCAGGAAGAACAGCGGUACCAAACGCUCAAGGUGCAUGCUGAGGAGAAACUGGACAAGGCGAAUGAGGACAUAGCCCAGGUACGUGCCAAGGCCAAUUCCGAGGGUGUCGCACUAAACGCCAGCCUAAGGAAGGAGCAGAUGAAGGUGGAGUCACUUGAAAGAGCUGUCCUUCAAAAGAAUCAAGAGAUUGAGGAGCUCACCAAGAUCUGCGAUGAACUGAUCGCCAAAAUGGGAACAGAUUAAAAGGCAUUUGGAGCACCCUGGUAACCAAAUGGUCACUGCACGUGCCACAUGACCGCAACCUCCCCGGCUUGAUUUCAGCAAGGGACCUAUGAUGCAUGGCAUACCCAUAUCUCUUACCCCUUGUUUCUGCCCACUGUCCAAUAAAGGCAAAAAUACCAACAACAACAACAACAAAAAGAUGAAAAGGCCUUUAAUCAAACGCUGCAGCACCGUCACACUUUAACACAGGUGUGCUCCCUCCAGCUCAAGACCCAGUGAGACUUUUCUCACUGUGAUAUGUGAUGUAAAUUCUGUACAUGAUCAAACUUUCUUUAUUUGCUCAUAUAUAUUUUUUCCAAAAUAUUAUUAUUACACUCGCUCAUUUUUUCUUCUAUGACUGAACUAUUAAACCAGAUCAAUAAUGUCAUUAAAUCAUGUGACAGCUUAAGAAGCACAAAUAUAUCACAAGGUGUAUUGUAAUAUUUUUUAAGGAGAAGCAUUUGAUUCUUUGAUCUUUUGCUGCGAAUUUCAAGGAUAACUGAAAAAGGUUUUAAGCUGUUGUUGGGUGGUGGUUUAUGAAAUGUGUUUGAAACUCUAGAAAAUAAUGAGAAAAGCACAUAUUUUACUGCAGCUUCUCUACAGUCUAAUUAACUGCGUUUAUGACACAGUCUUCUGAUAGGACAAAUCACUUCAUUGAGUGCCUAAAUUGAUCAUAGUAAUUACAUUUCCUGGCUUUCACAAUUUUCUUGUUGCCAUUUCUUUUGCAAGGCAGAUAUUUUUUAUUGGCCAAGUUUAAGUUGACAAUGAUUUUCUUUCAUUACCAAAUUAAGUGGGAUGCAAUAUUAUAAAGCCAUUUAUGAAGAGUUUGAAGUUAAAGCACAGACAUCAUGUCCGUUAUGCCACCCAUUAAUCUCUGGGAUCAUUAAAUAAGAAGAGCACUUAUGAGAACUUACAUUCAGUUGUGUUAUAUCUUAUUCAUAUGAUGGGAAUUUGACAGUGAUGGAAGUUUGAAGUAGUAAAACCUUUGAUCUUAUUAUGCUGUAAUAUUUGUGCCAUGUUUCAUUUUCACUCUGCGUUUGAGUGUGAAAAAGUUAGGAGCACAUUCUGUUGCUACCAUGUAGAUAUGUUUCAGUUGUGUUCAGAUUCAUAUGAGUCCAAAUGUUUCUUGUGUGCCUUUAUUUUAGCUACUUUGUAGAAAAGAGAGUUUUGGCUCUUUCACACAGUUGUUUCCAGACUCUGUUGCCAAAGUGUACUAUUUACAGUAUAUAUAUUUUAUGGUCAAAACAUGUUGAACAUCAGCAAGAGAAUGCUUUAUAUGCAGUAAUAGAUCAAUGAGCCAUGUGCGUAUGUGGUGGGCUGCAUUACUGUUAAAGGUGAGAGUAACCUGAUGGAUCAUCAUGCAGUAAUAUUUUGAUUGCCAAAAUAAACAUUUUCUGGUGUGAUUGGAGCCCACACGUGCAAUACAUUAAGAUGUGUCUCCUCCUCCUCAGCGGUGAAAGCCUCCUUCUAAUUCAGCACAAUCAAUUGCCAAAUGUCAUUGUAACAUGAAAAAGGGUUUCAGUACGUGUCCUACUGUUGUGAUGUUAUGUAAGUUUGAAGGUGCUUUCCAAUGCAAAUCCAUUCUUACAGUACAAUAUAUGUAAAUUUUAUACUUUAUGAAAAGAAUAUUCAGAAUUAAGUUCCUAAUAUUUGUAAAUUGAAGUAUACUCAGAUUGUAUGUUUACUGCGCUAUUUUGUGCAUUCCUGAAUAAAUGGC